AUGUCAACGCUAAGCUUGGAGGAGGCGACCUCGAUGCAGAAAGGCAAAGUCCAUGGGCCCUUCUUGUUGGAAACCAUCGUGUGCGAGACCAACCACAUGUUAACCUUAAAGGGCGUUUUCUUCGGCAGUGACCCUCUCAAAUACGCAUUGCCACUUCUCUUGCUGCAAAUGGCCGCCAUCAUCCUCACCUCUCGCCUUCUCUUCCGCCUCCUCAAGCCCUUGAAGCAAGGCAUGAUCUCUGCCCAAGUCUUGGCUGGUAUAAUCCUAGGACCAUCUCUCUUUGGCCAAAACAGCACAUACUCGGAGAUGUUCCUUCCCAUAAGCGGCAAAAUCACUUUACAAACGCUCUCAAACGUGGGUUUCUUCAUGCAUCUCUUCUUACUCGGGCUAAGAAUCGACGCUAGCAUUCUCCGUAAAGCCGGUUCCAAAGCCAUACUCAUCGGUACAGCCUCCUACGCCUUCCCCUUCUGUCUCGGUAACCUCGCCGUUCUCUUCUUGAGAAACACUUUUCAGCUCCAGCCGGACGUUGUUCACUGCAUCAGCACAGUGAUCUCCCUUAGCGCAAUGACCUCGUUCCCGGUCACCACGACCGUCUUAGCCGAGCUCAACAUUCUUAACUCUGAGCUCGGACGGUUAGCCACAAACUGCUCCAUUGUCUGCGAGGCCUUUAGCUGGGUCGUGGCACUCGUUUUCAGAAUGUUCUUGGGAGAUGGGACAAUGGCUAGCAUUUGGUCUUUCGGUUGGAUCUUCGCUCUUCUCCUCGUGGUGUUUUUCGUCUGCAGGCCAUUGAUCAUCUGGUUGACGGAGAAAAGAAGCGUUUCGAUCGAUAAAACAGACGAGAUCCCGUUCUUCCCGAUCAUAAUGGUCUUGUUAGGAGUAAGCCUGCUCUCCGAAAUGCUCGGUGUUCACGCUGCGUUUGGAGCGUUUUGGCUCGGAGUUUCUCUCCCUGAUGGACCUCCGUUAGGGACCGGUCUCGCCACCAAGCUCGACAUGUUUGCAACGAGCCUUUCCCUGCCUUGUUUCAUCGCCAUUAGUGGAUUGCAGACCAAUUUCUUCGUGCUAGGAGCGAGCCACGUGAAGGUCAUAGAGGCUGUUAUCCUCAUCACCUACGUCUGCAAGUUCCUCGGAACCGCAGCCGCUUCCGCUUAUUGCAAAAUACCCAUCGGAGACGCACUUUCUUUGUCCUUGUUGAUGUGUUGCCAAGGAAUCAUCGAGAUCUACACAUCCGUCAUGUGGAAAGAUGAGAAGGUUCUAAACACAGAAUGCUUCAAUCUUGUUAUAAUCACACUCUUGUUCGUGUCCGGCAUUUGUCGGUUCCUCGUCGUUUGCCUCUACGACCCAUCGAAGCGUUACAGAAGCAAGAGCAAGCGGACGAUCCUCAAUACAAGACAACGAAACCUUCAGUUUCGUAUCCUCCUCUGUGUCUACAACGUUGAAAACGUGCCUUCAAUGGUUAACCUUCUUGAAGCUACUUACCCGAGUCGGUUUAGCCCGAUCUCCGUCUUCACGCUGCACCUUGUCGAGCUCAAAGGCCGAGCGCACGCGGUGCUCAUGCCGCAUCACCUUAUGAACAAACUCGAUCCCAACACGGUCCAAUCAACUCACAUCGUCAAUGGUUUCCAACGGUUUGAGCAGCAGAACCAAGGAACCCUAAUGGCUCAGCAUUUCACAGCUGCAGCUCCUUUCUCCAGCAUCAACGACGACAUUUGCACUCUCGCCCUCGACAAGAAAGCCACGCUCAUCGUGGUCCCGUUCCACAAACAGUACGCGAUAGACGGAACGUUCGACCACGUGAACCCAGCGAUCCGUAGCAUAAACCUUAACGUGCUUGACAAGGCACCUUUCUCAGUCGGAAUAUUCAUCGACCGAGGAGAAACAGAAGGGAGACGCUCCGUCCUCAUGACACAGACGUGGCGAAACGUGGCCAUAAUCUUCAUCGAAGGCCGCGACGACGCGGAAGCGCUCGCAUUCUGUAUGAGAAUAGCAGAGCACCCGGAAGUGAGCGUCACCAUGAUACACUUCCGGCACAAGAGCUCUCUCCAAGACGACAAUCAAACAGCAGCAGAAGAGGAAAGCGAAUACUCUGAGUCUCGCCUUAUAAACGAUUUCAAGAACUUCACGGUGAACAAACCAAAAGUCCAUUACAAAGAAGAGAUAGUGAGAGAUGGCGUGGAAACCACGCAAGUGAUUAGUACACUCGGGGAGACCUACGAUAUGGUGGUCGUGGGACGUGACCAUAACCUUCAGUCGUCCGUGUUGUACGGACUUACGGAUUGGAGCGAGUGCCCUGAGCUAGGUGUGAUCGGAGACAUGUUGACGUCGUCGGAUUUUCAUUUCUCGGUGCUUGUGAUUCAUCAGCAAGAAGGAGACUCGCUUGCGAUGGAUAAUAGCUACAAAUUGCAAGAAUCUUCUCCUAAGGCUGUGGAUGCGAAAGUACACCCACGUUUCUCUGUUGAAGAAACUUCGAUUGAUAUGCACAACAACCGUUAA